CGGCGGGGUAAACAAAGCGACGUUGGAUUCUCUUUUUCACUGGUUAACAUAAAAGUUUUUUUGAAAAUCUCUGCUAAUGACUCAAUCAGCAUCUUCACUGGUGACCAGCAUAAUGCAGAUGACUUCACCUAAAUAGCCUGUCUCAACUGUAAAAUUCAAUGAGAGAAGCACUUUCCUUUACGCUUCCAUGAAGCUCAGCUGCUGCUUGUGGAUUCUGAUUCUUGGGACUCGUGUACUUGCUUUAGAAAAUGUGGCCUCCAACCUGACAAUUACAUCUGGAUCAAAGGCCCUGCCUCUCAAUGCAUCACUUCUUUUCAUCUCUGAAGCCCUGGCAAAAUCAGUCAUACCUCAGGAUAUCAUAGUCAAAGAGGGGAACCAUGCUUCCAUUGAAUGUAAACUGAAUGUUAGUCAGUAUGAUUCCAUCCAUUGGUACAACUCAAAAGGAUAUCUGCUGAAACAAGAUGGAGGAGAUGGAAGAUGGUUGAUCUCGGACAGUGUCCUUAAUAUCACAAGUGUAAGCUUUGGUGACCGGGGGCGAUACACUUGUGUCGCCAUUCAUGAAAAUGUCACUUCAUAUUAUUCAGUCACCCUCAGGGUGGUUUCCACAUCUGGGGAUAUGGGGAUCUACUACAUGAUCGUCUGCCUGGUUGCCUUUACUAUCACCCUGAUCUUAAAUAUAACUCGUCUGUGCAUGAUGAGCAGCCACCUCCGCAAGACAGAGAAGGCCAUCAAUGAGUUCUUCAGGACAGAGGGAGCUGAGAAACUGCAGAAGGCCUUUGAAAUUGCCAAACGCAUUCCUAUCAUUACAUCUGCCAAAACCCUAGAGCUGGCCAAAGUUACCCAGUUUAAGACAAUGGAAUUUGCUCGAUACAUUGAAGAGCUUGCCAGAAGUAUACCUCUUCCCCCAUUAAUCCUUAACUGUAGGGCCUUUAUGGAAGAAAUCUUUGAGGCAGUGCGAGUUGAUGACCCUGAUGAAGUAGGAGAUGUAGUCAAACAGACCCAGGCCCUUAGUGCCCAAGAGGGGAUCUAUCCCUUAAACCCAGAAAUCAAGCGCAGCAAUUCACCAGCAGGGGAUUCAGAUGAUGGUUCUGUAAAUGAUCAUGGCAAAGAAAUAGCUGUUGAGGUAUCUGUCCAUCUUCAGUCAGAGGUACAAAGCAUCGACACUGUUUCUCAUGACAGUGUCCCCUCCAUUCCUUCUGAAGAUGAUGCAUGUGCUGAAUGCAAGUAGAACAGCAAAGGCAGAUGUAUGAAAUCCACAUCUGAUUGCUUGAAAGCUUUGAGGAUAAAGGGAAACCAGAAAGAAACCACAGUCACAAAUGCACAAAAUUGUUAUUUUUAAACUUCCUAAGGGACUGUAAGGUGCCAAAACAGCAAACUUUUUUUGUCCUGUAUUGUAUGUGUUCUAUAAUUUGAAAACCAGGUUAUAUGAGGCCGUUUUUAGAUCCUCUUUAGCAGGAGUUGUAUUAUGGGUAUUGCUAGGAGGAUUUCAUGCAGCCUUUGUCUUGAUCUCUGAUAAUCUUAAAUAUUAUCUCAGAAGAAACAAACAAAAAGUUAAUAUGAACUGUAUUUCUCAUUGUCACAAAGAAGCUUAAUAACCUAAACGUACCCACACAUUAAUAAUUUCAAGUUGUCGCCUGCCCAUGGGAGACCUCAACAUAACUGAAUGUCAUAUGUGCUACAGGGAGAAUAUGAGGUUAUUAUAUAGUUCUGAAACUAUGCCAGACCUGUCAGUUUUCUGUGAUUGUCUGUGUUGCACUCAGCCGCAGUGCAAGAACAAGAGAAUGGAAGCCUGAAUGCAGAUUUUGGCUGUAAAAUCUCUCAUUGAAGCCAAUAAUUUAAAUGUGGUGCCGAUUGCCAAGCACCUUAACAAAAAAGUAGUUUUUAGUUGCUUGCUUUUUGGAGGCAGUUCAAGUUGUCAGCAUUACAAACAUUGUCUCUCCUCUGGAAUUGCAGUGGGUGAGAUGCCAAAGUAGUCUGUGUUAUGUGAGGAAGGCAAACAACUCCUGAAUUCAAGCAUUAUGAACUCGUUGGUGGGUCUGCAAUAACCCUAGACGUUGAAAAAGAAAAGAAAAUCCAUCCUCUCUCAGCUUUCCGAAGAAGUUAGUAAAAGAGGAAAACAUCUAGUGUUGUAGCCUCAGGGCCCACCUAGAUAUUACACAGCAGACAUGUGUACUGGUCUCCUGCAAGUCUAAAAAAAAUGUAAAAGCAGCCUUUGCGGCUGCGAUAUUGUUUCCCGUUUAAAAUUGUCAUUCCUCAGCUGCAUUGGAGGGGUGACUUUAAGCAGAAAAAUGGGUGUGGAAGAAAAGGUUAAGCGGUGCUUUCCUCCCCACCAUCACUUGCUGAUAUCUGAAGUCUUUUACAGAUAAACUUUCAUUAACCAAAACCAAAAAACCCUAUCAAGGCUGUUUUACGUGCCUGCUUGUAGCUUCUAGUCUGGUCCAAGCUAAAUUCUUGAAUGUGACAAAGAGCAAGAGGCUCCUGCACCACUCUGAUGCUGCUGCUUGACUGGACCUGCCCAUUCUGCAGAAUGAGGUAAUAAAAGGAGGUGUACCACUUCAGAUUAUGUGAAUGGGGAAUAGGAGUUUUGAAUGCUUCCCCCACAUUGACCCAAAAAAAAAAUUCUAGGCACAAGACUAACACACUGAAGAGAAAUUCAAACCCAGCCUUUGGGAUGCAAUUCUUUUCAGACUGCAGAAGUUUUUGCCAUAUGGGAAAUUCUCUUACUUGGAGCCCAAGAGGUGCAGUCGCUUUCUGACACCUCAUCAUACUAUAUGUGUAGUCCAAAACUCAGUCAUCCUGUUGCUGCAUGUUACUGUCACAUGACGACAUGGAGAGCAAUCAAUCAACUUCUUGAUUCAGCCAACGACCAGUACAAGUCAAAAAUAAAAGCUUUACAGUAAAAUCAUUAGAAAGUAAAAUUGAUUGGAUCUCCUAUGGCCUUAUCAUUGGCUUGGCCUGAAAUGGGGAUUCCUGAAACCAAAAUGGGAAAUACAAUAUGAAGACAACACAAUAAACUCAUGUUUUGUUUGUUCCUUUAAUGGAAGAGCUUUAAUGG